AUGCUGAAACCGCAGUCCGCGAAACCCGCUAAGAAGAAACAGGACUGCGUCGUCCGUUUGACGAAUCAAAGAGGCUUUGAGUUUGGCCGCUUACCGCAGGACGUAGCAUCUUGGGUUGCUAAAUUGCUUGACCUCGGGAUCGUCGAUAUCAAAGGAAGCAUGAUAGAAUGUCCUGCAACACUUUACUCUGGGGCAGAUCUAAUCGUGUCGCUGUCAGUAUAUAUCAAAGCGUCAGCAUUCAGACCUCCGAGCACCUGCUCAAAAGAGAAAGCCCCUACGAUGUUCAACGAAGGGCAAGAAACCGCGGAUGAGCAAAUGCUGCGGGAACGCAAGCAGGCAUUGCUGAGCAUGUUCGACGUCCUCGACCUGAAACCGCAUCGAGGGAGCAGUUUCAAUCGGAAGGCAAACAGCCAAUUGGUUAAACAGGACCUGGAAGCCCUCAUUCAACAACCGGAUGUGAAGAAAGGAAAGAAAUCUGUAAGAACGGAGAUCGUCGGUGAUGGCGAAGAGAUCGAAGUGGAGGGUGAAGGCGACGAUUUAUCUGACAACGAACUGGAUCUCAUUUACAAGAGAGCGCAAGAAAAUGAUCAUCAACUGGACGAGAUGGACCCCGCUGACUCCUUCACGCUAACACUUCGUCGAUACCAGAAACAAGCUCUAUGUUGGAUGCACUCGAUCGAGACUGGGGCUACAUCUGCUCGUGAAGAACGUUCCAUGCAUCCUCUGUGGAAAGAGUAUAUCUUUCCGCCUGACCCCGCCCAAGAUAUUAUCGACCUUACCGAUGAGAGGGCAUUUUACUUCAACGAGUAUUCCGGAGAACUCAGCCUGCAGUUUCCGAAGGCAGAACGCAAGUGUCGAGGUGGUAUCCUUGCCCGUGCGAUUUCAGUGGGCAUGGGGAAAACAAUCAUGUUGUCAGCUCUGAUACAAACUGCGCGUGGACCAGAAGAACUCAAUACCGAGGCGCAAUUCAGCAACAUGAAUAAGAAGCGUCAGCUGAAACUCAACAGUGCUUUCCGCUCUCUCGCGACGCAGGAAGUUCGACAAUCGAAGGGCCCGUCGGCGACUUUAAUCGUAGCUCCAACGUCUCUCCUCUCUCAAUGGGCGGAAGAGCUCCAACGAUCGAGCAAGCCGGGCGCGCUCAAGGUGCUCGUUUGGCAUAGCCAAAAUCGAGGAGAUCUUGAGGCCGCUCUGGAUGGAGAUGAUGCCGUUGAUGUGGUCAUUACGUCUUAUGGGACGCUGGUUUCGGAGCACUCCAAAUCUGAAAGGUUUAGCGGUGGUGCGAUGUCUCCGGUCUUCGAAAUUGAAUGGUUGCGUGUUGUACUUGAUGAAGCCCACCACUGCAAGUCUCGACAAAGCAAGACCGCGAAAGCUGUAUAUACCUUACGGGCAAGAAGGAAAUGGGCCGUCACAGGGACACCAAUUGUCAAUCGGCUGGAAGAUCUAUAUUCGCUGCUCAAAUUCCUUAACUUCACACCAUGGUCGAACUACACAUUCUUCCGAUCAUUCGUCACGCUGCCAUUCCUCGCUCGGGAUCCAAAGGCUGUCGAAGUCGUGCAGAUCAUAUUAGAAAGUGUGCUCUUGAGGCGCGAGAAGGACAUGCGUGACACGGAUGGCAGGAGAAUUGUAGAGCUACCACCGAAAGAAGUUACUAUCGAAAGCCUGGAGUUCUCGCCUCUGGAGCGGAAGAUUUACGACUCAUUAUACGUGAAUGCAAAGAAGGAUUUCGACCGAUUGAACGAGAAGGGUCUCGUGAGCAGAAACUACACGCAUAUUCUUGCCAUGCUCAUGCGAUUGCGUCGAGCGGUGCUUCACCCCAAUCUGGUGCUGUCUGGUCCGGAAGACCUCAAGACGGAGCAUGGUGACAGCGGCAUAGACGUCAAUGCGCUCAUCAAGCGCUUCGAGGAGGGGGGAGAUGCCGACAGGGGAGCUAACGCCUUUGCGGAAGACGUGCUCGCCAAUCUAGGCAAGGACAACGAGCGCGAGUGUCCGAUAUGUUUCGAUGUGAUGGAGACACCGACGAUUCUGCCUCGCUGUCUGCACCAGUGUUGCAAAGACUGCAUUGUUGCGUUCAUCGAGACGUGUCGUCAGAAGGGCGAGGAUGGGAGAUGCCCCACGUGCUCAGAUCCAGUCAAGGAGAGCGACCUGAUCGAAGUCGUCCGCGUGAAGCAACAAAACGGUGACGCCUCGGGCAGUGACAUACAGCCCGAACGCCCGGCAGUAACUCUGCGGCGGAAUGACUUCCGAUCAUCAACUAAAUUGGACGCUCUAAUGCAGAACCUCAGACGUCUAAGAGACCAAAACCCCUGCUUUCGGGCCGUUGUCUUUUCUCAGUUCACCACUUUCUUGGACCUCAUUCAGACGAUGCUGGAGCGGGAACGAUUGGUAUGGUUUAGAUUUGAUGGGUCGAUGGACGUGAAGAAGCGAAACGAGGCCGUGACUGGGUUCAGGGUCCCCAAGAGACAACCACAGGUUUUAAUAGUCAGCCUGAAAGCUGGCGGCGUCGGCUUGAACCUAACGAACGCCAAUCAUGUCUUCAUGAUGGAUUGCUGGUGGAAUGCAGCAACCGAGAACCAAGCGAUCGAUCGUGUGCACAGAAUCGGCCAAGAUAAACCGGUAUACGUGAAACAAUUCAUCAUCUCUGAUACCAUCGAAGGGCGCAUCCUGCAGAUUCAAAAGAGAAAAACCGCUAUCAUCAAGGAAGCAUUCCGCGGAAAGGGACAGGAUGACCGAGAAAGCAUAGAAAAUCUCCGCAUUAUGUUCGGGGACGAGUAG